AUCAGGCCCUGCGAGAGGCGGGACCCGGUGGAUGGAUGACUGGAGUUUCCCUUGCGGUCUGAAGAUUAAUGAAAGGGUCUGUUGAUCUUAGGAAUCGGCUAUCAGACGGUCAGUCACAAGAAACGACGGGAUUAGAAAUUGAUUGGGAUACAUAACUUUGAGAAAUCCCGCAGCAGAAAAAGGACUAAUCUGGACACCACUUUUGUUAACCAGGUCUUACCAGAAAAGGCCUGCCUGAGAUAACACCUGGUUAACAGCUAGUUCAGGCCAGGAUACGACUGCGAGGGACGCUAACAGCUAACGCUAGCCUUCUUGCUAGACAAACGGAAACCUGCUUUCGACGGUUUGGUUAAUGUUCCGGAUUGGACGUUGGACAAAUAAAGACAUCUAGAAAUAGCGUGACAUCUUAUGUUACCUGCUCUUGCCUGUGAAUCGGGGAGCUAACGCGACCAAGCAUUUACCUGCAGUCGCUGCUAGUGUUAGCUCCUGUGCUAGCCUAGCCAUCCUGAGUCGUCAGUGCUUACUGCAGAUUUGAAUAUUGUCGUUUGGCUGGAGUUUACCGAAGUCGCUGCGGAAAAGUAUUGCAGCACGCAUAAUUGCACUCUUCGGUCAAUAAUGGUAGCUGGUAGCUAGUAGCUAGCUGUCAGCUUCAUUGAGCGCGUUAGCGGUGUAGCAUCACCCAGUGACUUGUAAAAGAAAACUCGGUCCGAACCCAGGGACUCCACCUUAAGCCUGCCACCAUGGGCAACACGCCCACCGCGAAGAAGGGCAAUGAGAUGGAGAGUGGCUGGCUGGAAGGCUGUUUCACCGAACUGGGCCGUGUUUAGGGGACACAAACAGUGGAGAAAGGAGACAGGAGCAACCACAAGAGGAGCUAGAGGCUUGCUGCAGGAUGAAGGAGUUUCUUGCCAAAGCCAAAGAAGAUUUUCUGAAGAAAUGGGAGAAUCCAUCACAGCAAACUGCGGCAUUGGAUCAUUUUGAGCGUUUGAAGACCUUAGGCACUGGUUCUUUUGGUCGAGUCAUGCUGGUUAAACACAAAGAGACGGGCCAACAUUUUGCCAUGAAAAUACUUGACAAACAGAAGGUAGUGAAGCUGAAGCAGAUAGAGCACACACUGAAUGAGAAACGUAUCCUGCAAGCUGUCAGUUUUCCCUUCCUGGUGCGACUGGAGCACUCGUUUAAGGACUACAGUAAUCUGUACAUGAUAAUGGAGUAUGUACCUGGAGGUGAAAUGUUCUCUCACUUGAGGAGAAUUGGUCGAUUCAGUGAGCCUCAUGCCCGCUUUUACGCAGCCCAGAUUGUACUGACUUUUGAAUACCUUCACUCACUGGAUCUCAUCUACCGGGACCUGAAGCCAGAGAACCUGCUCAUCGACCAGCAAGGUUACAUACAGGUAACAGAUUUUGGAUUUGCAAAACGGGUGAAAGGGCGAACUUGGACUCUUUGCGGGACCCCAGAGUACCUGGCUCCAGAGAUCAUCCUCAGUAAAGGUUACAAUAAGGCAGUAGACUGGUGGGCUCUGGGAGUGCUGAUAUAUGAGAUGGCUGCUGGUUACCCCCCAUUCUUUGCAGACCAGCCAAUACAGAUUUAUGAGAAGAUUGUAUCAGGGAAGGUUCGCUUUCCCUCCCACUUCAGCUCGGACCUGAAGGAUUUGUUGAGAAAUUUGCUGCAGGUGGACCUGACCAAGCGCUUCGGCAACCUCAGGAAUGGAGUCAAUGAUAUAAAAGGCCACAAGUGGUUUGCCACUACUGAUUGGAUCGCCAUCUACCAGAGGAAGGUGGAAGCUCCUUUCAUUCCUAAGUGCAAAGGCCCUGGUGACACAAGCAACUUUGACGACUACGAGGAAGAGGAAAUCAGAGUCUCCAUCACAGAGAAAUGUGCAAAGGAGUUUGCUGAAUUCUAGAUUCCAACCACGAGUAGCAGCAAGAGAGAAAGAGAUGUAAAAAGCAAAGGGGGUCAGAAGACAGGAAGCUCUAGGAUGGACAGCUAACUUGCUUAUAUGUAAUGAUGACAAUGUAAAAUCCCCCCAGUGGAAAGGUAGGCAAAGUCAAGAAAGAUCCAACAGAACCAGCAGUGUUGCCUUUUCUGAUUGUUUCUCAACUGUUACUUAUUCAUUUUAUUAAUCCCUUUGUGUUUGUGGCUGAGGCUUGAGAAGAACAGUCUUAGAUCACAACUAGAUCUAUCUGAUGGAGUAAUGACAGGCUUUCAGUCUUCUGCAGGUUGAGGAAUUCAUUUUGUGUCGAGGUACUGAAUAAGCCUGGCUUUGGUUUGUUUUGUUUGGCCCACACAAGAUUGUCAGAAUGGUCGUCUUGUCACACUGGUACCCCGUCCACCUCUCCAUUCUGAAUCUCUCCAAGCAAUACCAAGUCCAAAAGACGUGCCUAUCAUAUUGCCAACUUGUUGGAAAACAGUUUCAAAAGCACUGGUGCACAGCUUUGGCUAUGGUGGCGUUGGCCCUGGAGCCUGUUUGGUUAAAAGCUUGAGAACUGUCUGCAGCUGCUUUCGUCUGCUCGACGUGGCAUGGGUUAUUGGGUAGACGAUGCUGAGACAGCGGCGUCCUCUCUGGUCAAAAUAAACAUGAUUAAUCACAGUAAACCUCAUCUAGGUCUUACUCCUUUGGGGACCUGUAAGAAAUGGUAAACAUGAGAUCUGCAUUUAAAACUGUCUUUCUCUUAGCUGAAAUUAAUAGAGCAUUUAAAAAAAAUCCUACUGGUGAUCAUUUUGUCCUUUUUAUGUCGAUCUCUGUGCUUGUGUGUUAUUUAGUGCUCAAGGGUGGGUUAAAAAGCUGUGAUUUAGCAGCAGCUAAUGUUGUAGUCACACUCCUGACUAUUGUUUAUUUAAUUCAUAGUACAUUUAUACAUGUAUAUUAAUAUAUAAAUAUCUAUCUAUAUAUAUAGAUAUAUAUGAUAGAGAAUAUAAAAUAUCCAUAUUUUACACCAUUGUCUCAUAGCUGUGAAACUAAAUAAGAGUUCAUAAACAACAUAAAUUCUGCCAAAAUUGCAAAUCGAGACUAUUGCAAGGUUUUCUGUAUGUAACUAUGACGGUGGUGGAUUUUAAUACGCAAAAAAAGUAGCAAAACGUUUCAAUAAAAUGUGCAUGUUAUUUUUGUACAAUACUGUAUCGCUUUUAAAGAGAGGUGGCCGAGCGUUUUUGCUUCAUUUGUGCUGAGGUACUCUAGAUUGUGGAUAACAUACUUCACUAUUAAAACGGACUCUCAGCCCGCUCUGUUUUGAAAGAUGGAGCAAGACCCAGAUAAAUGUGUCAAAGUACUUCUGGGCUUCGUUAAUUAAUGAAUAACAGUUUGCAGAUACUUGUCACUGAACUUGUGCUUCUGACAUGGAUACCCCCCCCACCCCCACCCCCACCCCCUGUAUAUACCUUCCAUGCAAGUCAUUUGCAUAGGUUUGCAGGCCAAGCAGAUUUCUGGCACUGUGAAUUGGAAUGUUUUUGUUUCUGUUUUCCAGCAUUCUAUGUAACUAAUUAAACGUAGGAAGCUGUCCCCCUUUCGCCAAGUUUAUUUCUGUGGAUGCAAGACAAUCUCAGACCAAAUGUUACUGCUGAUUUGGUUGUUUUGGUUGUACGACGGGCUAUUCCCUUCCGCUCGCGUCCCCGCAUCCUCCAUAAGGCCCUAUAGGUGCUAGACUCACUGAGAAACUUCUGUAAAUUGUUUGUGCAUCAGUCUAUUUGUCGUAAAGUCUUGUAACAUGAUACUUUUGAGAAUGUUUGACUCCCGAUGAUUUUAGUAAGCUUGAGUAAAUAUUUUUGCAGCCUCAGUGUAUUCAAAAUCAAAUGCAGAAUACUUUUUUUUGAAUGUCUGGAGAGGUCGUCUUCUCAUGGAGAGGUGUCAGUGCCGUUUAGAAACAUGUGUAUAUAUAUAUAUAUUUUGUUUAUAGUACAUGUUUCUCUGGUGAGUUUGGCUUGUCGCACAUCUAGCAAAGCAAACCCAACAGCAAGACACGCUCCAAACCUGAGACGUGCUGGAGAAAAAAACCAUUGUUCUCGCAACAGCCUCAUCACCAUCGAACCUUUGAAUUGUCAGAGCAUCACAGUGAAUAAUGCAGUGGAUCACCAACAAGCCUGUCCAGUCUUUUGCAAAUAGUGAAGCACAUGCCACACCCUUCCAGAUCUUCUGUUUAAUUGGUUUGUGCAGAUGCUCUGAAGGGAGCAUCCACAAAGCUUUCUUUGUUCCCUAUAAAAAGAAAUCUCAUCAACUGUUUAAUUCUUUCUAUCAGCUAAACACUAUCAGCUCAUCGUGAGUUUCUCCUCCUCUGUUUGCUGUUAGUUUUCUUCAGGUUUCCACAAACUCUUUACUGAAACAUAACACUUUUUACAUCUGAGAUGUUUUGCGCUCAUAUUUUCUAAUUGUAUUUUCAAAAAAAUUAAAAAGCAAAAACAGAAUUAUCUUUUCCUGAUGACCUGGGUACAGUGAUUGUGUAGUCUAUUGUACCUUUUGGGAGACGAUGCUCUAUAUCCUUGCCUUUGACAGUCUUAACUAUCUUACCCUCUGGAGAACUUGACAGAUUCCCUUACAACACAAUGAGUAUGUUAAAAUCUAUACAUACAGUAAUAUUUUGCAAAAUGUAUCAUUCCAAUAAAGUUUUACUUGUUAAGACUAA